AUCUAUUUAUGAUUAAUUCUAAAUUCAAUCGUAACAGAAGUCCUGUCCAAAAAGAAAAAUGCCUAGGGCAGGGGGGCACGAGGGAAUUGCGACUGUGAUUUGAACUUCUGACCAUCGCUACGACAAUCUUAAGCGCAAACUAUAUACAUUUUAUAUCAGAAUGCUGCCCAAUGGUAUCAAAUUACUGAUGUUUACGAUUCAAAAUUAAAUCUUAAAAUUUACGAAUACUUAACCUUAACUAAAGGUUUUCAAAGUACAUUCCAUUCAAACUCUAUUCAACUACGUCUCAACCAAUCUCUGGAGCUCUAUGAAUACUAGUGCCACACGUUUAUAAUCCUCUCUUCCCUGGCCUGCUUUCUCUCCUUAUAUGUUCCAAUCGUGAUCAAAGACUCGAGCUAGGAACUGAGCAGAAACCUGAUACCAGACAGUGUUAGACUCGACUCACUUCUUGGACAUGAAACUGGUGUUGACAUUGUCUGUGCAAGUUCACACCUGACACUAAUUUCACAGAAAAAUGUCUGGAAAAUAUGACUUAGAGAGUCGUCGGCAGAAAUAUUCUUCCACGUCCAGUGGGACUUUCCGAAGGCUUGAUCCUUCUUUUAGCGUUGGCUUGGAACCGCCAUUCCUGGACAAUAGUGAUCACCUCUCCAAUGGUAGAGGUAACAACAGAUCAAGUGAGCCAUUCAAGUAUAAUGAACGAGCGGUUGACGUUACGUUCCCUGCAACCAAAUAUCAAACCAAAGACUCACUCAGUAGCUCGCUAGCACCAGAUGGGUCAAACCACGAUAAAACGUCGAAAAGAAAAAAGAAAAAUGGAGACACCAUAUCACAUUCAGUCAAGGUAAACUCAAAGGAAACAGAUUUCUCCAGGCCAGUGACAGACAUCACAGACAUCACUUCUGAUCAAUUCAAAUUUAUAGAUUCAAAGACAACAGAAGUCAAAACGAGAGCAGACGAGAAGAAACAUGUCGGCUUGCUUGAACGUCUGACCAGAAGCUGGAGAAAACAAGAACACGACUCUCCUCAGGAGAAGAAAAGAAAGAAAAACAAUUCCCGAGCAGACGAUACUAACAGCUCUUCCAGUUCAUCAGACGAUGUGCGAGGCAAUAAGAAAAACGAGAAAGAAAUGUUUGAGAUUAAAUUCCCGAACAACGGAUCAAAAACAUCACUGGAGUCUAAACAUUCCGACCACGUGACAGAAGUAACCUCUAGUGGCUAUGAAAAUGUUACAACAACAGUUCCGAACUGCUUCAACGUGACUAGCGAGACCAUCCCCGAGGAUUAUGAAAAUGUUCAGGUCACAGUUUCGGCUGGAAUUAAUGCGGAUGAAAUGUCUCCUGAAAUAUCUGCCAAUGACUUUAAAGAAACUGAGCCCGAACCAGAUUACUUCCAAAGCUCUGAAAUAUCUGACAAUUACUUUAAUACGACUGAUUUAUUCUCAGAUUAUUUCAAUAAUAAUGAAAUAACCCAAGACUACUCCUACGCAGAUGAACCAACUCCCGAUUACUUUAAAGGUGAUGAAAUGUCUCCCGACGACUUCAAUGCUGAUGAACUAACUCCAGAAUAUUUCACUGCUAAAGCAAUAACUCUUAGUAAAAAAGACACUAUAUUGAGCUCAAAUUCAAGUCACACAACUGAUUUUCCUGGCUCGGUUUCGGGAGACUAUGAGAAUGCAGCUUUACUAGUUAAUGAAAUUAAAGCUGCUUCAAUAGAACACGUCAAUAAGAAGAAAACUUCCAACGAUUAUGAAGACGUUUUAUUUGAUUCUCAGAAUACGAACGAGGAUGUUCAAAACGGUUCCAACGCAGACUUUGGAGUCAUUCCCUACGACUUUCAGAGUUUUAAUGAAGUGAUUCCUAUUGAUUCCUACAUAGAUGUCAAUAAUCAGCCCCAAGUAAACGACCAAGUCAAAAGAUGGGGGACACUCAUCAAUAUUGAUGCUAAGAACCAAUACGAUGACAAUCCUGAGUUGACAGAUGAACAUUCCAGGUACACGUCAGACUCUGAAGACGAGGAGCCCACAAAGUGUGACAGUGAAAGUGAUCAGAGCGACAUCGUUGUGGACGUCCUGGAGACCUGCGACAAUCAAGGGAGCAUUCAGGACCAAGGUGUUCAGUUUGAAACCAACUUUGAAACCAUCCAGCCCUGUGAAAGAAAUGUGUUUGUUCCUGACCACCAAACCCUUUCUGACUGCCAAGAUAAACUUUUAACCUUUGACACACAAACGAUUUGUCACACGGAACAGUUUUUUUACGUACCUGGCAAUCAAACAUUCAACACUGAAGACAAUUUUGUUUUAUUUGACAGCAAGGCUAUUCACCAUAGCGAAGAGUACUUUUAUAUCACAGGCAAUCAAAAUGUUACUCACAUUAAUGUAGAAAUUCUUGACCCUAAUCAGAGAAAAGAAGAUCUUAUUAAACCUGAGAUUCUUGUCCCAGAACAUGACAAAGAUGACAAUAUCAAACCUGAGAUUCUUGUCCCAGAACAUGACAAAGAUGACAAUGUCAAACAUGAGAUUCUUGUUCCAGAACAUGACAAAGAUGACAAUGUCAAACAUGAGAUUCUUGUUCCAGAACAUGACAAAGAUGACAAUGUCAAACCUGAGAUUUUUGUCCCAGAACAUGACAAAGAUGACACUGUCAAACAUGAGAUUCUUGUUCCAGAACAUGACAAAGAUAACAAUGUUAAACAUGAUAUUCUUGUCCCAGAACAUGACAAAGAUGACAAUUUCAAACAUGAUAUUCUUGUUCCAGAACAUGACAAAGAUGACCAAAUUAAACAUGAGGCUCUUCCAGAACAGGAAAAAGAUGAGUUUCUUGUCCCAGAUGACCAAAAACAACAUAAAACAAAUGCCUCUCGAUCAUCAACAUCAUCUUCUUCGUCCUCAUCCAACUCACCUGAGCUCUCCAGAAACCUCAUGUCAACGUUUAGUCCGGGGGCCGCUAAUCUUGGUAAUAAGCAGCUUGAACCAGUACAGCAACAACAUGAAGAUAGCGCAGUAGGAUUCUGUCACGUGAUUCAAGAUGAACAAGUUCUCAGUGAGUCAAAUUCCAUUCAAGUUAGAGCGAGCUAUCAAAACAUUAACCACGACGUACUUGGGAGCACACCAGAUGAGUGGUCUGAAGCAGCCUCCGAGGAGCACAUCACAGUAUGUACACACGUGCUGUCUCCGCCACCACACAUGGAGAGUGCAGGUCAAGAUGGAGAGGGCCUGAUGGAGCAAUUAACUUUAAUUAUAGACCAUGGUUUCGGCGGCAGCGGGGGGAUGGGGCUGGAGUCUGGGAAAUCUGAGGACCUGGCUCCAGAGAUAAGCUUUAAGUCAGAACCUACUGAGCCGUCGUGUCACGUGGUACAGGACAGAGAAAGUGGGGAGGUUGUGGAGUGUCCCGUUCUAAACCCUAGCCCCCCCGAGACUAUUGAAGUGGUUGACUAUGAUAAAAACGGAGAAGAUUCUGGUCUUGACGGAGUGAGUCUACAGCCCAGUGUCUCUAGUGAGCCCAGUGUCUCUAGUGAGCCCAGUGUUUCAGUACAAAGUGAGACACAUAGCUCUCCAAUAAAAGUCCAAGUUCCUUCUCCAAUCAAGGCCGAAGAUCCUGUCAAUCAUGAAGCUGAAUCUGGUUACGUCCACAUGAAGCAUGAUGGGAAACUCAUCCAUCUGUUAAACCCACGCAAGUUUCUGAGUAAAUUCAAGAAGCUUCCCACCAAGUCUUCAACCAGUGGGAAAAGUAAAAAAGAGCUGCCCAAAACGUUCCUAGGAGGAACCGGGAGAAUAAACACCUCGGAGGAUUACAUCACGGUCAACAGCGUCCCUGAGCCGGAGCCUGAGAGGAAGAACAUUGAUGUCUUUACAGUGGUAUAUCAGCCGUGUAGUGCAGAGAUUGUGUAUGUUCCAAAGCUUAAUGUAAGUGUCAAAUCGACCGACAUCCCACAUCAUCCACUAACUGCAGCUGGUAAAGACACAAGUAUGAAUGAAGUCAAGUCACCAGGCAAUGUUGGCAUCUCGGAUAAAGUGCAUUUAGAAACUGAUGAGGCGUUAUCAUUAGCUACGACUGUUAACAAAAAUGACCUCGACCCUGCGGAUAAGGAAAUGAAAGAGAGCUCUCAUGCAUUAAGUGUUAAAGAAAUACUUGACCUGGACCUGCCCGAAUCAAGUGUCAAUCAUCAUGCCAGAAACAGCUCUUCAUCUUCUGAUGAUUCAUCUUCUGGGGCUGAGGAAGAGCCAAUCAAAAAUAUCACAUUGACUUCUCUACAAACAAAUCAAAAAGUCUUAGACACAGCGCCAAACUCUGUGAGAGAAAUCAAAGCUGAGUUGACACUCCAUGAAGCUAUUCCUUCUGCUGAAUUGACACUACAUGAAGCUAUUCCUUCUGCUGAGUUGACAUUCCAUGAAGCUAUUCCUUCUGCUGAGUUGACACUCCAUGAAGCUAUUCCUUCUGCUGAGUUGACACUACAUGAAGCUAUUCCUUCUGCUGAAUUGACACUACAUGAAGCUAUUCCUUCUGCUGAGUUGACACUCCAUGAAGCUAUUCCUUCUGCUGAGUUGACACUCCAUGAAGCUAUUCCUUCUGCUGAGUUGACACUCCAUGAAGCUAUUCCUUCUGCUGAGUCGACACUACAUGAAGCUAUUCCUUCACCUGAAGAGACUACUAACGAUGAUAUAUUUCUUGAGGAAGUAGAAACUCAUCUUACAAAAGCUAUUCCUGAAUUUAAUCAGCGCCGUGGUGAAGAGUUCAUACACAAUGGUUCACCAGAAGAUGGUCCGACAGACUCUCCUGAAGACAAUAAAGAGGAUUUUACUAUUGUGUCAAACGUAUCAACAUUAAGUGCGCCAGAAAACAUUUGCCAGACACAAGAACAGACAUUUUCCCAAAAAUCUGCUUCUGUUUCUUCUAGCUCAAGUUCUUCCUCUGGAGACGAAGAAGACAUUUGUCAGACACACCAUCAGCCUGUCUCCCCAAAAAAUGCUUCUCUAACUGUCAGUUCAAAAUCUUCCUCUGAAGCAGAAGAUGUUGAAAUUUCGCAUACAUAUGACUUAAUUGAAGUAGUUGAAGUCGUAAAACCGGAAGUGCACGAAGAAGUAAGUGAUGUGGAAAAUGUCGUUGCUGUUCACGAUCAGGCGCUAAAUCCAGAUCACGUCAACUUACUCCAAGAUCACGUCAACGUACUCCAAGAUCACGUCAACUUACUCCAAGAUCAAGACAUAGGACAAGAAAUCCAAAAGUCGAAUUCAGACCCAACAAAGUCACACGAAAUUUCGACCACAAUGGCUACUGAAGAAUACCAAAACAAAAUAGAUCAAAGUGAAUCGCCUCAAACGGAACAAAUGGUAGCCAUUAUAAAUAAUGAUUCAACAAAGGCAGAUCAACCGAAUAGCGCCAAGAAAGUUGAUUCUCCAGAAACUGAUAUGCCGAAAAAGAAGCACAAGUUUUUUAGUUGGCCCUUCAAAAGGAAUAAAAAGAAGCACGAAGACAUGAAAUGCAGUGAUGCGAACUUCAGUGAUGAAUGUGAUGUAGAAGCUGGAUUUACUCUGGUUCACUCUGAUCAGACAGAGAAAUCUAAUAGUGAUUUUUUGGAAGAAGAAACUGCCUUGAAUGAAGAGUUCACAAACUUGUCUACAGCUACACAAACUUCCACGCCACAGAAGGUCAAGGAACACAAAGUUGAAAGUCAGGUAAAAGUCAGUGACGAAGUAUCACCAGCACCAUCUGAUACGAGCGUUAACUCUGGGAAAUCUUCUCGAAGCACAUCCGUAUCCUCGUGUUCGUCCAAAGGUUCAACCACCGGCCAUAGAGACCCUCUUGUGGAGCAAAGUGUUCAGACUAAAUCAGAAGAUUCCGGCAUAGUUGCACCAGAGACAAGCUCCGUUCAUGUCUCAACCCAAAAUGACAGAAAUGAAUCAUUUUUCAAUGAGAGUCCAUCAACCUUAUCAGGAGAAGAAAACGUGAAAACCCAACAAACUAAAGACACAGAACAAAGCAAAGAUAAAACCAAGUCAUCCACUAAACGUAAAAAAGAACCUCCCUCAGAUAAACCAAGCAAAGGAAAAAAUCUAAAACUAACAAGGUUAUUAUCGAAAGGAAAAGGAGAGUCUUCAUCGUCGUCUUCAUCCAGUGAAGAUAACGGAGAGUCAUCAAGACAACACUCUUCUCAAACUCAGAGUUCAGAAGAUAAACUUGGAGAAGAAAGAUCCGAUGUUGAAGCAAGGCUGGAAACCAAAACAAAUAUUUCAACAGAGUCUGCCUCUCCAAAGUCUCAGAAAGGAAGUAAAAUCUCAAAGUUUUUGCCCAUGUUACGCUCGCCCACUAAGAAAGAAGCGGGCGUCAAUUUUGAUAACCUUCUAGCCAAUGAUCAAAGAUUUGAUGGGCAGUAUCACCGAGAGGAUGACGUCACUCAAGGAUUAGCUGACGAUCAAAGUAAAUCUCCUUCUCUCAAAUCUGUUUCCAAACAAGAACAAGACGAGGCUCCCAAAACUUUUCCAAGUGUCACAUCUGAGCCUCGACAUUUUGUUGUAGUUGCUAUUGACGUGGGAACCACCCACAGUGGAUACGCCUUCAGUUUCGUACGUGACCCUGGCUGUGUGUACAUGAUGAGACGCUGGGCUGGGGAGGAGCCUGGGCUUGUCAACCAAAAGACCUUGACAUCAUUGCUGCUGACUCCUGAAGGCAAAUUCCACAGUUUUGGAUACAAUGCUCGAAGCAGUUACCUCAACCUCAUUCCAAUGGAGGCCAAACAUUGGAUGUAUUUCAGUACGUUCAAAAUGGAACUACAUCAUAAUACAGAACUGUCUCUUGACACAAAGCUUGUCGCUGUCAAUGGCGCCACGUAUCCGGCUGUCAAGGUUUUCGCAUAUUGUCUGGAAUUCUUUAAGACCCAUGCUCUUCAGCAGUUAAGUGACCAGUCCGGCAUGGAUAUAUUGAAUGAGGACAUUCGAUGGGUCAUCACUGUGCCAGCCAUUUGGAAGGCACCGGCUAAGCAAUUCAUGAGACAAGCAGCAUACGAAGCAGGUUUGGCCAGUGAGAACUACCCCGAGCAGCUUCUAAUAGCUUUGGAACCAGAGGCUGCUUCUAUAUAUUGCAGAACCUUGCGCAUUCAUCAGCUAGUGCCAGACCAUCCUUUAAAACGGACUUUACAAUCACCAAGCCGUUCCAAUGUGGAACUAAAUAAUGUUGAGAUGGCCGUCACAGAAUUAAGUGUUGAUCUGAAUAAGUCUUGCUCAUCGAUUCAACCUACUUUAGACACUGUACAGGAUGAACCUAUAGAUCCACAGAUCAAAGGAUCCAGAUAUCUGAUAGUGGAUUGCGGAGGUGGUACAGUAGACAUAACAGUUCACGAACUGGAUCCAUCCGGUCAUAUCAAAGAACUUCAUCAAGCCACUGGUGGACCUCAUGGCUCUAUAGGUAUAGAUGCAGAGUUUGAGAAACUUUUAGGUGGCAUAUUUGGUGCGGACUUUAUUGAGCAUUACAAGCGCAAAUAUCCCAUGGGCUGGGUUCAUCUAAUGACAGAUUUUGAGUCUAGGAAAAGAUCGACUUCACCUCUGAAAACCACAUUUUUGAAUGUUUCGUUACCAUUCACAUUCAUCAGUGACUUUAAAAAGCACAAGACAGAUCCAGAAGUAGCUGUAAAGCGUUAUGGUGACCCAGAAGUGGAAUGGUCACCACAAGGAAUGCUUCGUUUAUCUCCCGUUGCUAUGAAGCAACUAUUCCUGCCAACACUAACACAUAUAAAACAGGCCAUCGGCGAUGUCCUCAACCAUCCUAAUGCUCGAGAUGUGAAAUAUAUGUUCCUGGUGGGAGGAUUCUCUGAGUCUCCACUUCUCCAGCAUGAGAUGAGACAGGAGUUUGGCACCAUCAUGAAACUACUGAUUCCUCAAGAAGUCAGCCUGGCAAUUUUAAAAGGUGCUGUGUUAUUUGGUCUUGACCCAUCCAUUGUGAAUGUCAGAAGGUCAAGAUUAACCUAUGGAGUUGGGAUUCUAAACAAAUUUGAUCCAAGCAGACAUCCAAAAUCCAAGUUAGUUACUCGCUCAGGUCUAGCUUGGUGCACAGAUAUCUUUGAUAAAUAUGUGGAGACAGAUCAGCCAGUGUUGCUAGGCACCUCUGUUGUAAGGAGCUAUGCCCCUGCUCAUUGUGGCCAAAGUAGUAUUGUGCUGAACAUAUACAGCAGCCAGGACCCUAAUGUGCAGUUUAUAACUGACCCAGGAGUAGCGCGCUGUGGAACAUUGAGCCUAACCUUGCCCUCAUUGGAAGAUGCUGACACGUCCCAGCUUCCCAGAGCCAUUGAAGCCCAGAUGUCUUUUGGUGACACAGAGAUAAGUGUCAUAGCCACAGACAUAACCACUGGGAAAAUGGUUAAAGCUGCUGUAGAUUUCCUGGGAACCUAGGAGACAUCAGCACAAGUCAAGUUGUGUUGGGGGUAAUUUAUUCAAACUAAGUGAUAACAUAACCUACAAUGUGUCAGAAUGUGCAGAUAUUUUUUUCAGGUGUAUUGUUUGUAGUUUCUUCAAAGUACAACUUGAGAUGAAUCUAUUCAUGUGAUACUAUGAUGAUAUACCUUGUGUCAGAAUGUGCAAAUACCUUUAUAUCUAUAUAUUGUUUGUAGUUACUUUAAAGUGCAUCAGGAGUAAAUUUGAACGAUGUGAAAAAUUUGUAGUGUGCCUUUGUUCACUUUCCAGUCUGUAUUUAUUUGACAGUUUACUUCUCUCAAAGUUGACAGCAAUGAUUCAAGUCUGUAACACAUUUUUUUGUUUUCAGGUGACUCAUUAUUUCAUCUGAUUAUUGUCAUUUUCAUUUCGUCCAUUUGUUCCUUUUGUAAUCCACAACAUGGACUUAUGCCACAGUAUGAUACACAUUGUAGCAAGAUUGUCACAAUCAUAUUACAAUAUCAGUUUUAAAAAAGGUGUAGGUGGGAGGAGGAAUCAGGCUUGACAAAUCCAAUUUGAUAUUAACUGUUUAUAUUGUCUCUGCUUAAAUAGAUCAAGAAUAAUAACUUUAUAAAAAUUAUUCAUUCAGAUAAUCUAUUCCACAAAAAAUAAACUUCUUAAUAAUAUUUGAGACAAAAGCCAAGUAUUUUAUUUGUGCAAGUUUGAAUUUGUAGUUCAGUAAUUAUCACUAAAGGUAGAGUUCAGAUUCAGUUGAACUGUUGUGUUCAGAAGUAUUAGCACAAAAUGUUAAUGUAAUCCAUUAUUUUGAUAUUAAGAUUUUUUUUUGCAAUAUUUUUAACAAAUAUUUUAAUAUAUUGAUGUAGUCUAUUAAUAAGCAUUUAUUUUUUUUUAUUUUUAUUGUUUAUAUAAACAAUUACUACUGUUGUUAUUGUAUUUAUGAGUUGUAUUUUUGCAUGUAUACAUUCUGCAUUAAAAAUACAAUGUAACAAAAACAUUUUUUAAUAAGUCUAGCAGCAAAGCAAGAAUAUUUUUUUACUUUAUAAUGCUUAAAAUGUAUAAACAAAUGUUUAGUUAUAAUUUCAAAGCAUUAAUUUAAAGUUCUACAGCUUCUAAAUCAUUUUAUUGGUAUAAAAAUUUUGUGUUUCCAAUACAUAAUUCUCUAAUUAAAAUACAUUAUAUGUAAACAUUCAAACAGAGCACUAUUUUGUGACUUUUUUUUUUUUUUAACAAAUCUUACUAAUAAUUUUGCAAAACCUUUUUUUUUUAAACUGCAUAGUGAUGUUUAACAGUUCUAAAGAAGGAUUUCUAUACAUUUAAUCCAUUGUAAACUCAUGCAGUCAAUGUUUAAAAUUUUGGAUUUACACUAAAACUAGUCAUGUAAAUUUAAACUUACAGAUUAAUAGCCGAAUCCUGCUAGAAGUGUUGAAAAGAAUGACUGAAUUAUUUUUUUUUUAAUAGAUGUGGUUUCAUCUUGUGAUUUAUUACUGAAAAAGAUAUUACUUAAAACAAAAUACACUUUGAACAAAACAGGACCUCAAUUAUUUUUAAUGUACUUAAAUUAUUUGAUUGCAAUGUAUUGAUUAGUAUAUACAAUUUUUAUUACCUUGUGUGUCAAAUGUAGUAUUAUAAAUAAUUAAAUGCCACUUUUUUUAUUUUAAUCUUAUAAUUCAUUUUUUAUACUGAUGCUACCAAGAGAAAAUUAUCUAAAGUAAUAAUGGCCUUACUAUUGUGUUGGAUAAUGAAAUACACUAUAAUAGAAAUUGGAACAAAUGUAAUUUUUUUUUUUUUUUUUAAAUAGAUUAUAACUGGUUUAUGUAUGUUAACUUUAAUAAUCUACACACAUUAUUAAGUCAUGGACAAUAUUAAAUAAUCCUAAAUGAUGGUCUUUUCCCCACCAUGUUGUAUUCAAUGUCAGCCAGUAUAGGCAGUUAUUACUUCAUUGAAAUACACCAUGUAAUUUAUUUAUUUGAAUGUAUCAGUGAUGUUGCUAUUAUUUUGAUGAAGAUAAACCAUUGUUUAAUACAGGCUGUGCUUCUCCUUGUAAUACAACUGUAACAAUUAUUUUAUUAUUGUUGUUAUUCUCACAUAGCCAAAUAUAACCAACCAUUGUUUAAUAAAAAUAAAUAUACAUCUUUCA